AUGAAUAGCAAUCAACAGGGGCCCACUGAGAGAUCUUCUCUGUUGGAUAGAAGGAGAUCCUCUCAAAUGCGCAACAACAGGCAUUAUACCGAAGGCCAAAACCUGUCCAUACCAUUGCCAUCUCCAUUUAGAGAACAGGAACCAAUUGCGUUUCCUGCCGCUCACAAUGCUACUACUACUCCUUCUCAAGACAAACACAGAUUCAAGUGGUUCAACAAACGAACAGGCUUUUACGAUGAAGAUCGGCAGGACUUGGUCAAGGAAAAUACAGGUGUUCGUGUGUGGAGUGAAUCGUACUCGAGUAUAGAUUGGAUCCAUGACAGAAUCAAAGAGGGCGUGCGAAGACGGAAAUUUCGAGAUACUCCAGGAUUGCGGGGCGAGCUAAUGAAGGCAAAUGAUGCAUCACAGGCAUGGAUCUUGGUGAUACUUAUCGGGGCUGCUGUUGCUGCUAUUGCAUGGUUUAUUGAUGUUGUUCAAGAAUGGAUGUCUGACCUAAAACUAGGCUACUGUACCACCAAUUGGAGAUUGAAUAGUAACUUUUGCUGUUGGGAACAAAAAGAAGGAACAUGUCAUGCUUGGAAAACGUGGCCCCAAGUAUUCGGAGUGGAGGGCAAGACUGCAAGCUAUUACACUGCAAUGGCCAUGUACACUGCAUUUGGUUUGUUGUUUUCAUUAAUUGCUGCCUUAAUGGUCAAGUACACGGCUGAAAAGGUCAAAGUGCGUAGACCUACCAAAAUGCAGCCAUUCUCCAAAUCACCUUCUAUGGCGUCUAUACCCUAUGAUGAGGUCAAUGAUAAUGAUGACCGUCUGCAUGCUGCUCCUUUACACAAGGAUGUAACUGCUGAUGAAUCCCUAUAUGAAACCAAAAACGCCUACUACUGUGCUGGCUCUGGUAUUCCUGAAGUCAAGGUCAUUUUGGGAGGCUUUGUUAUUAAAGGAUUUCUGGGUAUCAAGACACUGAUCGUCAAGAGCGUUGGAAUGAUAUUCUCUACAUCUGCCGGUUUGAAUUGCGGUAAAGAAGGCCCAUUUGUGCACUUGGCUUGCUCGGCAGGCAACAUUGCAUGUCGACUCUUUCCCAAAUUCAACAAGAAUGAAAGCAAGCGACGAGAAAUCCUCAGUGCUGCUGCUGCUGCAGGCGUUGCAGUUGCAUUUGGUGCGCCAAUAGGUGGUGUUUUGUUUAGCUUGGAGGAGGUUAGCUACUAUUUUCCAAUGAAGACCAUGAUUAGAAGCUACUGCUGUGCCAUGGUAGCUGCUAUUGUCCUCAAGAUUACAGAUCCCUUUGGUACUGGAAAAAUCGUGCUAUUCCAAGUUUCAUAUGACAAGGAAUAUCACUUAUUUGAGAUGGUACCGUUGAUCUUGUGCGGUGCAUUCGCUGGGUUUUUUGGUGCAUUUCUGACCUACUUCAACAUCAAGUUUCAGCACUUUAGAAAGAGCAGCAGCCUCAAGAAAUACCCAGUAACAGAGGUAUUGGGCAUCAUGCUGCUGACUGCCUUGGUGAGCUACUGGAAUCCGUUCUCGCGUAUGGGUCUCAGUGAGUUUGCUUACAACCUGUUCUCUGAAUGCACAGCUACCAACGACAAUGGCGGUCUCUGCGCACGCACUGUGGCAGAGAUACCCAAUCUACUCUACCUGUUGAUGACUACCAUGGUAAUCAAGAUGAGCCUCACUGUGGUCACAUUUGGCUGCACUGUUCCUGGAGGCAUAUUUUUACCGAGUUUGAUCAUUGGAGCUAUCACAGGGAGAGUGAUAGGUUUGAUUAUGCAAUACUUGACUCUAACGUAUCCAAAUGCAUGGCCGUUCACAGCAUGUGCCCAGGAUCUCGCAACACGUGGAGAGUGUGUCAUUCCUGGAGUCUACGCAAUUGUGGGAGCUGCUGCUGGAUUGGCGGGCGUGACAAGAACAACCAUUUCUCUCGUGGUUAUCAUGUUUGAGUUGACGUAUUCUCUAACAUAUGCACUAGUGGCCAAAUGGAUAGCUGAUGCCAUGUUUGUCGAAGGCAUCUACGAUCUGCUCAUUGAGCUCAAAGAAUACCCGUACCUGGAGGCGAGAAGAGAGUACGUGCACACAAUGACCAUUAUGAACAUUACCGAAUAUCUCUCCACCAUUGAUGUGAAUACGCCCAUCACCAUCAACAAACUGAAACAAAAGCUCAAAAUCAUUGGCGAUAUGGGCUAUGCGGAAGAUGGCGGAUUUCCCAUUUUGAGUGAUGGCGAUAUUUUGGAAGGUUAUAUUGCCACGAGCGAAGUCAGCCAUGGAUUAGAGCAACUAGAAAAGACCUUGGGAUCCAGCAUGUCUGAAGGUGAACUCGGUCAGGUACCUUGCUAUUUUGAUAGACUCAUGAACGACACGGCAACUGGUGGUGUGUCUGUUCAUCAUUCUUCCGCAAACAUGAUCAACCAAGACCUAAAGACACCAGUGCGAGACUUGCUACAAGUAGAGAAUAUGAUGGCGGAUCACCAUAACCAACCGGAAUCAAUGAUCUCAACUAGACAAUCAUUGAAUGACUUUUCACAAUACAUAGAUCAUGCACCGCUCACCAUUAAUCAGAAUGCUUCCAUGACGUUAUUGAUGGACAUGUUCACUAAACUAGGCGCAAGAUAUGUUUGUGUCACUCAUUCGAAUGGAAGAUACUUGGGGAUCAUUCACAAGCGUAGACUGCUGGCUUAUUUAAAGGAACUGGACGAAGAAGAUGAAUAG